CGGCGCCCCUGCGGGAGCGGCUGGCCGCCGUGCGGGCCCGGGUGCUGCGCGCCUCCGCGGCGGCCCGCGCGGGAGCGUCGCCGCCGUCCCGUGCAGGGCCCCCAGCGCGGCCGGUGCGCGUGGUGGCGGUGAGCAAGGGGAACCCCGUGGAGGUGCUCCGGGAGGCGUACGACGCCGGCCAGAGGCAUUUCGGCGAGAACUACGUGAAGGAGCUCGUCGAGAAGGCCCCGCUGAUGCCCGGCGACACGCAGUGGCACUUCGUGGGCCGCCUGGAGUGCGGCGAGGCCGAGGAGCUCGUGCGAGGCUGCCCCUCCCUCGCGUGCCUGGAGACGCUGAGCAGCGAGGGGCUGGCGAGGGCGGUGAACGAGGCGUGGCUCGCGGCGGGCGCCAGCAGGCGGCUGCCCGUGUUCGUCCAGGUGGACUCCGGCGGCGGCGGGCUGCGGCGGAGCGGCCCCGGCGUGGCCCCGGGCGAGGCGGCGCGGCUGUGCGCCCUGGUCGCCCGCGAGCUGCACGGCCUGGAGCUCGCGGGCUUCAUGACCAUCGGGGCGCCAGACUACAGCGGCUGCCGGGCCGAGGACUUCGAGACGCUGCGCCGGUGCUGCGCCGAGGCGGCCGCGGCACUGGGCGUGGGGGAGGCCUCGCUGGAGCUCAGCAUGGGCAUGAGCAACGACUACGAGAACGCCAUCCGCGAGGGCUCGACCUCUGUGCGGGUGGGCUCCCAGCUGUUCGGGCCCCGCCCCGGCCGGUCCAGGCUGUGAGGAGAGCAGCGACCGGCGCGGCCCGGGCUGCAGAAAAGGCCUCCUCGCCCGCCCCCUGCGCGCGGAGGGGGACGGGCCACGCCGACAGCACGCAGAGCGGGCGCCUGCUCGCCUGCUUCUGCUCGUCGCGGUGCUGCUUGGCGCCGCUUGCUCGCCCGCAGCUGGCGCUCGUCGGGCUGCCUCUUGUGCGGGUGGUUUUCUG